GGAAAAGAGAGGGAGGAGGCACUGGGACACUGUGUGACCUUAGGCUGUCUCUCUCCUGCCAGGGAGAAAGGAAAGAGACACAGCAGCUGCUGUUGCUUUUCACAAGCUUCCAUCAAGAUGCCCUUUCCAAAUAGUUCUGCCAGGACCCAGCGGCACAAGCUGAUACUGGCAGCAACCAUUAUCCCCUUAGUUAUGCUAGUUGUGGUUGUGUUGCUUGUUGUGAUCAUUCAGGGAAGAAAGGAAGGCCCCAGUUCAGAAAUACUGCUGGAGUGGAGAGGCAAGGGGACUACCCCAUACCUUCGUGAAAUCGUCCUGGGGAGAUGUUACAACUAUGUGGCGACAGUGAACUCUGAACUCAGGAAUAAAGACUGCCUCAAAAUUUGGGAACUAUUCGAAAAUGCAUUUAUGUACAAGAACCCAUGCAGCAUAACUGAGAAAGAUUACCAGCCUCUGAUGGACAUGGCAAGCCAUCCUAUCCCCUGUAAUAAGUCACUAUUCUGGAGCAAGACAAGUAACCUUGUCCAUCGUUACACUAAAGCUAAUCAGGAUUUUGUCACUUUGGAGGAUACUCUGCUAGGCUACAUAGCAGAUGGCAUUUCAUGGUGCGGAGACCCCUCUAGUCCAGGAGUAAACUACAAAUCUUGCCCAAAAUGGACCGAAUGUGAAAGCAACCCAGGUACAAUAUAUUGGAAAAUGGCCUCCAAGAUGUUUGCUGAAGCAGCUUGUGGGACAGUCCAAGUAAUGCUCAAUGGGUCAAUAGAAGCUGGUGCAUUUAGAAAUGACAGCAUUUUUGGCAGUGUUGAAGUUAGGAACUUAAAUUCGGAUAAGAUUUCAGGGAUGUAUGUUUGGUUAAUGCACAAUAUUGAUGGACCACAAAGUGAAUUUUGCGAGGGCCGUUCCAUCACAAUCCUAAAAGAGAUCCUAAAAAAGCAGAAAAUAAGAGUCUUCUGUGAAGAUAAUUACAGGCCCGUUCAGUUGCUUCAGUGUACCAGAAAUCCUGAGCACAUCGCCUGCAAAGCUUGUUCUUGAUACCAUGGUUCUCUGUGCUGUUUAUGUCAUUGUUCAGCUUUGUAUAAUAUGGAAUGUUGUGUGUGUGUGUGUGUCUGUGUGUGUGUAUGUAUGAGCCCUUCCACACAGCCAUAUAACCCAGAUUAUCAAGGCAGAAAAUCCCACAAUACCUGCUUUGAACUGGGUUAUCUGAGUCCAUACCGCCCUAUAUACCAGUUCAAAGCAGAUCAUGUGGGAUUUUAUUCAGCUAUGUGGAAAACGGCCUCUCUCUCUCUGUGUGUGUGUGUGUGUGUGUGUUAGGAAUCUCUAUAUCCUUCAUAUGCUGGGACCAGAAGUGAGGCAAUUUCAUGAUAUUCUGUAAUAUCCACAGUUUCACGUAACCACAGUUCAAUCAGAAACAUAGUUCCCACCUACUCAUACAUGUGUAUCUGAUUGGAACUAAACUAAAUGCUGGCAGAUCUUUGUAUUUUAAACCCAUGUCUGCUUCCCAACCCAACUGAACAAAUCAAAUUGUCUGGUCAGUAGAUCUAUUCAACAUGAUGCUGUUACAUUAGAUUUAGCACAUAGUAUACAGGACCUUUCCCCUGCUUAUAUCUUAAAUCUCCCAUCUUCCCCAUUAGAUCUAAGUCAUGUUUAGUAAGAGCUAAGGGCAGAUAGGGAUGAAAGCUUUGGGAAACUUCCUGGAUUCCAUAGCAUUGAGACAGAGCAGUUUGAAUGGUGUCAAACUGUAUUACUUCUACAGUGCAACUGCAUCCUGAAAUCUGCAAUCAAAAUGGCAACCCGCUUGCAGAAAACCAAACUACAAUCAUAUCCUCUGCCUCCAUUGAAAUCCUGCAUCACAUGGCUUAGUUUAGGAUAUCAGUUGUUAUAUGUAUAUUUCUGGUAAAACAUCUUUGUAGGUAUAACAACUCACCCCUCAUAAUACAAAUAAUGAAUAGGUCAUUUUCAUAUUUUUUAUAUUUGUUUUCUUUUGUACUUUGUUUAAAAUAUUUUAAUAUAAAUUUUAAUAGAACUACAUUGGUGGAAUACCCCGGUCUUAAUAAAAAGAGUUCACAUCACAUAUGUUCCUAUUUUUCAGAAACAAUUAAAUCUUGUUUUUGGACCAGU